AUGUCGCAACCACGGAUCAGACCGAUCGAGAAGUUUGCUCAGGCCACAGCCAAGUGCUCGGUGGAGGCGGCUGCAUAUGGCAAAUGCAUUGUAGCGGACUACACCGCGGUUCAGAAGGAUAUGUGUGCGAAAGAGUUUAUGAGGUUGAAGGAUUGUUACCUGGCCGCGGCUAAGAAGGCUUAA